ACCUUGAAACUGCAAGACGGAAAGGGAAGCGGCGCAAAGGAGGCACAGAAAGAGGGGGAAAGGAGCUCUCUCUCUUUCUUUCUCUCUCUCUCUGAUUCAGGGACGAAGACCGGAUGUGGAGGGAGGGGCCCAGGCUGCCUUUUUGCUUCUUUCACAGAGUUCCAGCUCGCCCGUGACUUCUGGCUAGAAGUUGCCCCCAAUUCGGAAUUGUCGGGUUUUUCUUUUGUCGCCUUCCGGAAGGCUCCCUUUUUGUGUUUUAUUUGGUUUGUUGGGAAACCCGUUGCUGUCUCUUCCUUCCUGCCCAAGUCGCCUUCUUUCAACCCCCGCCCCCUCCUCUCCCCAUGAAGGAUUAUAACAAACCCCCCAACGAGAAGAAAAUGAACAUUUAUAACCCGCCGCCCGGGAGCAAAGGCCUGAAAUACAGCAACAAAACAGAGGACAUGAAUGGCCUCGAAGAAGGAGUGGUGUUCCUCCCCACCAAUAACACCAAGGACGUAGAGAAGCCAUGUGGUCCAAAGCGUUGGGUCUUCGUGGUUGCCAUCCUGUCCAUCAGUCUCCUCCUAUCUCUUUUGGUUGGGUUUCUAGUCUGGCACUUCAAAUAUAGGAAUGCCAGUGUUCAGAAGUUGUACAAUGGGCACCUGCGGCUCGUAGGGCAGAAGUUUGUGGAUGCCUAUGAGAAUUCCAGCACCCCUGAGUUUGCUGCUCUGGCCAGGAAAGUGAAGGGAACGCUCAUAGAUAUCUAUAACAAAAAUCAAGACAUUGGCUCUUUCCACAAGGAAACUGAGAUAGUUGCGUUCAGUGAGGGCAGUGUCAUUGCUUACUACUGGUCAGACUUCAGUGUUCCUAAAUACAAGGUGAACGUCUUUGAAAAGGCCAUGGCGAACAUCGAGGCUCCACACUACAUGGAGAUCCAUAAGGCACGGAACCCAGAGAUACGAAUUGAAUCGCUCGUUGCUUUCCCUUCUGAUCCGGAUAUAAUGAAGGCUUCACGGGACAACAGCUGCCACUAUGCCUUGCAUGCACAAGAAGGCGUAGUCACCAGUUUCACCACCCCAGGUUUCCCGAAUAGCCCUUAUCCCUCCAAUGCACGUUGCCUCUGGGCCCUAAGGGCCGAUGCGGACUCCGUCAUCAGCCUGACCUUCACAACCUUUGACGUGGAGCAGUGCACUCUCGGGAACGACUUCGUGAAAGUGUACGACUCGCUGAGCCCUGUGGAAGCUCAUGCACUGGUGAAGCUGUGUGGCAGCUUCAAUCCCUCAUACAACCUGACAUUUGUCUCCUCCCAAAACGUGCUGCUGGUCAUGCUCAUCACAGAUGCCAAGGGACGUCAUCCUGGCUUCAAAGCAGAGUUUUUUCAGAUGCCAAAAAAUCGACCCUGUGGUGGGGUUUUGACAGGAACAUCUGGAAACUUCACCACCCCAUACUAUCCUGGUCAUUAUCCUCCUGGUAUCGACUGUGUAUGGAAUAUAAAGGUCCCAAAAGAUAAGAAUGUGAAGAUUCGCUUCAAAGAGUUCUUCAUUGUGGAGCCUGGAAUCCCAUCUGAUUCCUGCACCAAGGACUAUGUAGAAAUCAACAAAGAGAAGUACUGUGGGCUGCGUAAUACUUUUGUGGUGUCAAGUAAGACCAACGAAAUCACUGUCCGUUUCCAUUCUGACCUUUCGUUUGUAGACACUGGAUUUUGGGCUGAGUUCCUGUCCUACGACUCUAGCGACCCUUGCCCAGGCAGAUUCACCUGUUCAAGUGGCCGCUGCAUUGACAAGUCCAGGCGUUGCGAUGGUUGGCUCGACUGCCCAGGCGGCGGGGAUGAGAAAGACUGCAAUUGCACUGAAAAGCAGAUCCGAUGCAAUAACGGUUGGUGCAAGCCGAAGUAUUGGCUUUGCGAUGGUGUGGAUGACUGUGGGGACAACAGUGAUGAACUGCAGUGCCAAUGCCCAGCUGGGAACUUCAAAUGCAACAAUGGGAAGUGCAUCUUGGAGGCACAGAAAUGCAAUGGUCGGGACGACUGUGGUGACGGCAGCGACGAGGGAAGUUGUGACUCUGUUGUCACAGUCCCCUGCCAGGAAUACACCUAUAAAUGCCGCAACAACCUGUGUGUGAACAAGAGGAACCCAGAGUGUGAUGGCAAAAAGGACUGUAGUGAUAAUUCGGAUGAGGACAAUUGCAACUGUGGCCAACGGCUCUACAACAAAAAGUCCCGGAUUGUCGGGGGGCAGACGGCUGAAGUGGGCGAGUGGCCCUGGCAGGUCAGUUUGCACGUCAAGGGAGAAGGUCAUGUCUGCGGAGCUUCUUUGAUCUCAGAGAAAUGGCUAGUGACGGCAGCACAUUGCUUUCGGGAAGAAAAUUAUGUCAGAUAUUUUGAUCCUAAGUUAUGGACUGCCUACAUGGGGCUGCAUGACCAGACGGACAGGACCAACAGCAACGUUCAGAUGCGAAGUAUCAAGAGCAUCAUCCGCCACCCGUUCUACAACGACUAUACCUAUGACUAUGAUGCUGCUCUAAUGGAGCUGUCCAGCCCUGUCUCCUACACCAAGGACAUCCAGCCCAUAUGUCUCCCUGAUGUCAGUCAUGAAUUCCCUACCGGAAAAGCCAUCUGGGUGACUGGAUGGGGAGCCACACAAGAAGAUGGUAUCGGAGCCACUGUUUUGCAGAAGGCAGAAAUCCGGGUGAUCAACCAAAGCAUGUGCAAUACAUUGCUGCCCAAUCAGAUCACACCGCGCAUGAUGUGCGUUGGGAUCCUGACGGGAGGAAUUGAUGCGUGCCAGGGAGAUUCUGGUGGACCCCUGACCAGCAUAGAGUCCAACGACAGGAUGUUUCUGGCCGGCAUAGUCAGCUUUGGGACUGGCUGUGCCCGACGGAACAAACCAGGAAUUUAUACGCGAGUCUCCAAGAUCACAAACUGGAUCAGAGAGACAACAGGCGUGUAGGGUUGCCGUCAACAUGGAGAUGCAUCACGUGCUUCUGCUUUUUCUUUUUUUUAAAAAAAAAACACAAAAUCUUGGUUCUGUCAAGCUGAGAAUUUGAGGACAUCCCUUUAUGAUGUGAAGGGAGCUCUGCGUAUCUUGUUCACCUGAUUAUCUCCUCCUCCUGGUUCUAUUUUAGGAUAAAAGCUUUUUAAGGAAAUACAAGAAAAAUGACAUGUCUGGAUGAAUUGGACAAGGUCCUUCAGCUGGGCAGUUGCCAUCUUUUAAAAACUAAUGAUUUCCACUUGUCUGGUCUUCAGAGACUGACUGAUUUUUAAAAAAUCUGAGCCAUUUUCCAGGUGAAAAUCUACAAGGAAUAAAGAGGGCAGGACUAGAGGUCCCCCCUUACACCCUACUUCUCUGCCGGCUUCACGAGGCAAAUACACAACUCAUUUGAUGGUUCCUUGGAAUAUGAAAAUGGACACCAAUGCCUUUCCUUCAGUGCCUACUGUGGCAUUGAAAAUCAAAGUGCGGGUUUGUUGGAGACUGGAUGGAAUUAAGUGUGGCAUUAUGAUUAAUCAGGGAACUGUUCUGUUUUUACCUUUCUGUGAAUUUUCCACAAUGGCAUGUAGAAAGGAAGAGUUGUCUAAUUUCCAUUUCCUUUGGGCCACCUGAAAUAUAUUACACGGAAGUGGCUUAUUAGAAUCCUUCACCGGAUGAGCCAUAUUUUAAUCUCGGCCUAUCUAUAAGGAGAGAUGCCAAUAUUUUGUGUUGCUUCUGUGGGGCUGUCUAUUGAGAUUAGGUUUUAUAUGACUCCUACCACCCAGACCUCCAAAAUAUAUUUUGAUUAGUAGGUGCACAGAAAUAGCUUCAGUCAAAAGAGCUAUCCUUUGUUCGGGUUCCUUGAGAUUUGUAGUUUGGAGAGAUACUAAGAAGUGGUUCUCAUCCUGUGGGUCCCCAGAUGUUUUGGCCUUCAACUCCCAGAAAUCCCUGACAGCUGGUAAACUGGCUGGGAUUUCUGGGAGUUGUAGACCAAAACUCGGAGACCCACAGGUUGAGAACCACUGUGCUAGAUAGUUUGCAUGUUCAAGGAAGUAUACCGAAGUCCUCUAGCAGGGCAUGCCAAAUAGCUAAGCAACCUGCAAAUCCCAAAGUUCUCCAACUUGCUAAAAUACUCCUAGUUUCCAACAAUGCCUUAGCACUUCCAUGUUGGUGUCCCUUUCCAAAGCAACCUGGAAGACAACUGCUGUUGUUAUAGACCCCAUAGCAAGAACCUCUAACUUUUACGUUUUCUGUCUUUUGCUAAGCACCCUCUGAAUGUAUUGGACUGGAAGGCCCGUCAUCUUCGGCCAGCAGGACCAUCUUGAGCAUGAACAUUGGUUCUCGACCUGGGGUCUCCAGAUGUUUUUGGCCUUCAACUCCCAGAAAUCCUAAUAACAUGCUAAAUUGGCUGGGAUUUCUGGGAGUUAUAGGCCAAAAACAUCUGGGAACCCCAGGUUGAGAACCACUGCUCUAGAUAAAAAUCUUGAACCAAAGAUGUGACUUUUCCCACUCUGUGCCUUAUGGCUCAUUUAAAUGUAUGGCAAUAGGGACUGUGCUCCUUUGGGUUGCAGGUGCUCUGAAAACCCCUCCGGUUCAGGAUAGUUGAUCAAACUCUUAUGCAAAAAUUCAAGGCAAGUUGGCUGAAGAAAAGGGGAGAUAGCAAAUAUGGUCUUGGUGUUUACACAUUUCUGACUUGAUUGAUCCCCCCCCCCCCCCCCGGGAACCAUAACUGUAUCCUCUUAAAUCUCAGCUCUUGAGGUUUGGGACAUGACUCCCAACACCCCCUGACAGAAUGGGAUUUGCAGUCCAAACAUCUGAAGAGCUAACAUGUGUCCACUCUCGUUUUAGUAGACCUGAAUCCUGAAUAUUCCCUUGAGUAAGCAAUAUUUGGAGUGUCAAUGGCCAACCGCUUUGCUGACUUGUUGAUGCCGCCAGCUUAUCGACAGUGAAAUGUUGCAGUUUGCAACUGAUUUCCCAAGAUUUCCCAGCCUAGAGCUGAUGAGAGUUGUGAUCCAGCAGGAGCAGGAUGAUCCCCAAGCUGCAUAUAGCAAGAUAUAGAAAUAACAGUGAGAUACUGGCUGCACUUUUAAUUCAUCCUGCUGCUCCCUUUUAUCUCUCCUUGAAAUGGAAUAGAUAUAAGUAGAGUAGGUGUGAAUGUAUGUAUAUGUGAUGUGUGUGUAUAUAUAUAUGUGUUCAUGUACAAAUACAUUGGUUUCUGUCCCAUUGUGGGUCAGAUUGGCAUUGCCACAAUGUGCCUUACGCGUUUGAUCUCGUUUCAUGUAGGGGAAUGUGUCGUGUUUUGUUCUUUUGCAUCUGACUUGGUUCUUUAAUGGACUUCGAUAUGAUAUACUGUGAGGCUGCCUUCCCAACUUAGCAUUCUCCAGAUGUGUUGGUACUACAUCUCCCAUCAUCCUUACACUUAUGGGAUCGCUAGCACAUCUCAAGGAUGUUGUUUUGGGAAAGAUGGCUAUAAGGGAGAGCUUUGUUGUGAGGUGUAGAAUAUCUGUAUCACUAGAAGAGCUAUUUAUUGUUGAAGUUUCUCACUGUAUGAGGACUCGAAAUACAACUUUUCACACAUUCUGCUAUGGAAAACAAAGAGGUGUGAUGAUAUUUCUUUAAUAUAUAUGCCAAAGUGUACUUGAUUUCGGUCAGGAAAAUAAUGAGAUAUGUACAGAGAAAGGAAAACUAUUCCAGGAUGCCUUAACAGUUAUUUUGCUAUGUCUCAUGGAGAUUUAUUCUCUCUCUUUUUGUAAUGUUUACUUUUCCAUAAGCAUGAAAUGCUCGUUCUCCAAAUCUUUGCAUUCAUACUUGGUAAAUUUGUAUUUUCAUACAUUGCUUGGUAUUUUCUAUAGUGUUGGUUUUUGUGGUUGAUCUGAGAAAAUGAAGCCAAACAGAAAAGGAGUGCUAUGUAAAAUGGGGCCAUAUUUGUGUGCUUUUAAGUAUAUGUAAUGGUUUUAGGAAGGCUUUGGUGUGGUCUGUACUGGCCAUCAAUAUAACCACAAGAAGGCACAGAUCCCCUUGUAAUUCAUCUGUUUUAUUUUUUUAAAUACAUGUGGCAAGAUUGUUUCAGCUGGGUUGAACUGAUUUAAUUUCCUACUGUGUAUGUACAUACUGUAUCUUUUUAAAAAAUGUUGUAAAUACUCUGGAUCAAUGGAAAUGGAGCUAGCCUUGAUUUCACCCCAUUCCCCUUUUUAAAAAUGUUGAAUGUAAUUGAGAUGUCUGGUGAUUAUCCCUCCCCCAUAUUAAACUUGGAUUUUUGUAAUUCA